AUGUAUUUCGACGUGCUAUCUACGCCAAUGCAAUGUUUUGUUUUGCUUUCAGGUCGUCCGAUGGUCUUUCCGACGAACAAAAGUAUAACCGCAGUUUACGGACAGCCCCUAACGCUCACGAUAGAAUUCUGUGCCAAUCCGGCGUACAACAAGGUCUUCUGGAUUGCGAGAGAUAAAGUUGUCCGGCCCGGAAAUUCGGAAGAUGGGAUAAUUGCGUAUGACAUCACCAACUCAACGACGAAUUGCCACCAGGCAGUCCUAUUUCUAACCAAAGUGACAAACUCAGACAUCGGGGAGUAUUCCUUCCUGGUACGUUCACCGAACGGCAUAAGCGAGGGGGCCUUCAUGGUAAACAUGACCUACGCAAGCGGCUAUAUCGUCCAAACCGCUUCUGGAUGUAACUCGGCAACACUCAAUGUAGAUGUGGUUCACUUACUAUUACUAAUAUUCACUUGUUGUUACUGAUUGAUUGUUUAGCUCAUUGUAGUUUAUGAUAAAACAACGUCAUCACAAUAUUGAUAUAUUUAAAUGUAUAGUUUUUUAUUGUUUGCAAAAAAAAUGUAAAAAAAAUUGUUAAUAGACAGCGCUUCGGUGUAUAAAAUGAGUGUAAAAUAUUAUAAUAAACAAUAC